ACUUCCGGUUUGUAGCAGCAGCAGCAGCAGCAGCAUGUGUUUUGAAUGUUUGUAAUUGAAGUUACAUGUAAACUAACUCACCGAAUCACACCGUUUCCCGUUAAAUAGACCGAGAGACGUUGAGCUAUGAAUGCUGUAUUUCGAAAGUUGCAGGUGUCCGUCACGCAACAGGGAUUUGUGUUAAGUCAAGCACUUGCAUUAUGCUGGGCCACACCAUCCAUCCAGCAUCCUGUUUGGGCUUCUGUAAACGAAAGACAAUACAAAUCCAUGCCGACCCACGGGAUUGGGAGGUGGAGACAUCUUUUACCUAAAGAAGCGCCAAAGAAAAAGAAAGACAAGCACCAGAUGAAAGAGAUCAUGGCAGAGACGGAUACAACAUACGGGAGUCUGAAUGUGAACGUGUCGGGUUAUGACAUGACGGUGGUGGAGCAUUACUCCCAGUACAUCCACAACCUCUGCAACCGGCUCGGCAUCAAAGUGGCAGAAAGCUACGCUUUGCCAACCAAGAGCACAGAGGUCAUGCUAAUGCCAGAGCAAGGCACCAAGAUGUACGUCGACGCCGUCCUGAAGACUCACGUGCGAGUCGUCCAGUUGAGCAGCCUGAACGCCACGUUGUGUCCCGUUUUCAUGGACGUUCUCUUGAAGAAUCAACCAGAGGGAGUUCAGCUCUCUGUGAAGGAGCACACCAAGGCUGAUUUCGAAGCCCGGUUCAAGGGCCGUCCAGAGCUGGAGGGGCUCAUCGCUCAGAUGAGCUAUAAGGACAUGUGACGUUCUCAAGUUUGACCUUAAUGACUUCCAAAACUGUAUGUGACACAGACGUCACAACUCGUUAACUGUUUGAUUUUGUUUAUUUAUUCCCUGGCAUUCCUUAACUGAAUGCCGUUAAAAGGUGAUCAUUUGCGUUUAAAAAAAACUGUACACAUUCAUGUUUGACAUUCUUUUGUGACCGCUGGAAAAUAAAACCAUGCCUAUUUUUCCCAACUUAAGACAUUGUCAUAUUUAAUGCUUCAAUUUUGUUCUUUAAGAUCAAAUAAAAACAGUUUUCCUCAAGAA